AUCCCAACCGGCAGCGCGUCAUUACUGGUUCUCUGUUCUGGAAGGAAAGGGUAAACACUUGUGUUGAAAGGAGUGACAAUGUUAAACGUAAAAGGCUUUCUGCUCUUGCUGGGAGCCCUGAUGCUCAUCAGCUCCUUUUGCGAUGCCCAAGUGGCCGGCCAGCUCAGCCCGGAGGACAAGCGCCGAAUCGUGAAGAGCAUGCUGCAAUCCCAGAAGGACAUCCGGAAGGCGCUGCUGAAGAUCCGCGCCCAGAUCCAGUCCGGUGGAGUUGACAACGGUCCUCCGAACGGUGGCGACGACGAUGCUGACGAAGACGAGGACGAUGAUGAUUGGGUUGAUGGUGAUGAUGGCUUGGGAGGGCCAGAGAACGAGGAGUACUACCGGGAGCAGCAGCUGCGAAUUAAAGCUGCCCGCGAGAGGCUGGAGAUCUACGUGAAGAACAUCGCGUCCAAAUUCAUCGAAAUCCACGACUUGAUCGUGAAAAUGAACGACAAGGUCGAUGAGCAGCUCAUAAUUGCACACAGCCAGGUCAACUACAACCUGCACUACGGUCCGCAUCGUCCCAAGCCAACUCGUCCAACUCGUCCGACUCGACCAACGCGACCAACCAUCAACCCAACCGGAACCACUCCACCACCACCGGAGUCCGGAUACUACCGCUCGUACCAGGAAAAUCCCUUCCGAUACAAGCGCGGAAGCCGCUCCCUCGAAGGAACCAUCCCCACAACGGUGGACACGGAACAGCUAGCCAGCCCGGACGUGCCCAGCGUUGCGGCGUACGACGAUCCCACCCAGAAGGUAGUGCAGUACCAGCUGAACCAGCAGCAGGUGCAGACGUAAUUGUUUGCUGUUUUUGGAACGAAACAAAUGGCUAAAUUUUUGAUGAAAUAAAAACUUUGAACAUCUCUUUAAAUGAAUAAAUGGUGUGAAUUGGU